GUCGUUCAGCAACAGAUGAUGCAAUGUUUGCCAUUCCCACUCGCCAUCACUCACCGCUGUGGUCAAAUGGACACAAAUUGUGACUCAGUUCAAUUGUCAUGAAACGCAUAUACAGCGAUGAAUUUAUCUCUUUUUUCAUACAAACUUAUAACGAGGAGCGCCCAGUGUGUUUUGUGUGUGGAAGUGCUUAGUAAUGAGUCUCUCAUAACGAACAAAUGAAUAAAAACGACACGUCCUGACCAAACAUCCACAGCAUGACGGUAAACCCAGGGAGUUCUUUCAGAACAGGGCAGAAUGGUUCAGGAAACAGUGCUUCGACAGUGGAAAAGUCAGCUAGCAAGGAUCCCACAUACACGCCCACUGUUUCCAUGACAAUCGAUGUCAACAUAUGGGAACAUUUUGAUUUCGUCUACACAAGCCACUAAACAGCUGAUUUAUUUACUAGCUAGAAAAACACGUUUGAUGUUUACAAAUUAUCAACAAAUACGGAAGUGCCAUGAUGAUUGCUCACCCCGGCAAUGAAGUGAGGGUGUUAGUUCGAAGCCGACCGACUGCUAAUUUUGCUCAAGAGCUCAUUGAAUACCUACCAGACGGACAGACAGUGAGUGUCCACCAGAGGAAGGACUCCAGGAAGGGAGUGGUGAACAACCAGCUGAGCUCCUGGUCGUUCCGGCUGGACGGGGUGCUGCAUGAUGUGUCCCAGGAGGAGGUAUAUGGCCGCGUUGGGCGAGGGGUGGUGCUGGGAGCCCUGGAGGGGUACAACGGCACUGUGAUGUGUUUUGGGCAGACGGGGGCAGGAAAGACGUACACCAUGACUGGAGCCACAGAGAAUUACAAACAGAGAGGGAUCAUUCCUCGGGCCCUACAGGAGGUGUUCCAUGAGGUGGAGCAGCGUUCGGACCAUGCCUUCAGUGUCCACUUGUCCUUCCUGGAGAUCUACAAUGAGACUCUUGUGGAUCUGCUGGCGUCUGUACGGGGUUGCCCAGGGGUAGGGCCAGGGGGCAUGGCGGUGGUGGAGGAGGCAGGGGGAGGGGUAUCAGUCAGGGGGCUGUCCCUGCACCCCGUUCACAGCGAGGAGGAGGCCCUUAACCUGCUCUUUGAGGGAGAGAUGAAUCGCAUCAUCGGAGCUCAUGCCCUGAACAAGAACUCCUCCAGAUCUCACUGCAUUCUCACUGUCCACAUUGAGUCUCGCUCCCGCACUCUGUCCGAUGCAAAGUAUGUCACUUCCAAACUGAAUCUAGUGGACUUAGCCGGGUCAGAAAGGCUGGGCAAAACCGGAUCUGAGGGCCAGGUGCUGAAGGAGGCCAUGUACAUCAACAAGUCCCUGUCGUUCCUGGAGCAGGCCAUCCUGGCCCUGGCAGACCGACGCAGGGACCACGUCCCCUUCAGACAGACCAAACUCACCCACGCCCUUAAGGACUCAUUAGGUGGGAACUGCAACACAGUGCUGGUGGCCAACAUCUAUGGAGAGGCUUCUCAGAUAGAAGAGACACUGUCCACACUGCGCUUCGCCAGCAGGAUGAAGUGUGUGCAGAUGGACCCUGUUGUCAAUGAACACACCGACCCUGUGCUCCAGGUCAGGAAGCUGGAGAAGGAGAUCCAGCUGCUGAAACAGGAGCUCAGCAUUCACAACACACUGGCGAACCGCAUGGGCAUGUCCUACGACACGCUGUCAGAGACCCAGGUUGCAGAGAUCCAGAGUCAGGUGCGCAGGUAUCUGGAGGGCAGCCUGGACGAGAUCAAUAUUGUGAGCAUCAGGCAGAUCCAGGAAGUGUUUGCCCAGUUCAAGCAGGCCGUGCAGCAGCAGGAGCAGAAGGUGAAGGCCCAGCUGUGUCAGAACUACACCUUGGUGGAGAAGGCCCAGAGUACAGCUGGCUCCACUGCAGCCAAGUCACAGGGCUCCCAAGGCACGGUGGGAGUGGUGGAGGGCCAUGGGUUUGGGGUGGGGCUGGCAGUUCCAUCAGAUAGGCACAUUCAGCUCCUGUCUCCAGGCAGGACCAAAGCCAUUAAGACCAAAGAGCUAGCAAGCCAGGGGAGAAAGGAGGCUGUGGAAGGAAGGAGUCCUGGUCCAGGGAAGCAAGUGGAAUCUGUGAACCCGGUCCAGAGAGACCGUGAGGGUCGCGAGCAUGACCCCCAGAGCCAGGAGCCUCAAGGACCACAGGAACCCCUUAGGACUGAGUAUACACACACCUAUGUCCCUUUGUGUUAUUCUAUGCACAGGGACAACAUGUCUGAUCUAGUGUUUCUCCCCUCCAGCUCCCCUCCCCCUAAGGCAGAGGCAUUUGAGGACUUCAAGGCAGAGCGGGGCAGCGAGAUCAACCGCAUCUUGAAGGAGAACAAGGUGGUGCUGCUGGAGCGCCGCGCCCGCCUCCGGGAGCUGACAGAGUGCGUGAACGCGGCCAAGAGAGAGAUUGACAGCACAAGCACAGCCCUGCACCAGUGGAGAGACAAGAGACAGAGCCAGGGUCAGUUUGUAAGUGCGGAGGGGGUCCCAGUGCUGGAUGAGGCAGAGCUGUCUCUGACCCUGCGUCUGAGGGAGUUGAAGACUCAGUACCGACAGCAGUACGAGGAGCUGCGCGGCACCAAGGCAGAGGUCAGCUACUGCCAGCACCUAGUGGACCAGUGCAGGACACGCCUACUGACCGAGUUUGAGAGCUGGUAUAAUGAGUCCUUCCUGCUUCCUGAGGAGGUGCAAGCCUUGCUGAGAUCUGGAGGACCCAUCAGGCCUGGACUGGUGCCUGCGUACAAGGCAUUGGCACUGGAGGAGGAUGAGCAGGAGCACUUUGAGCGUCUGCGCUAUGAGCUGCUAGCAGACAGUCCCAGUGCCAUCUCCUUCUACAAUGCUCAGAACAGGACUGUACAGAGGAGGAACUACAGCAAGGCCAUGUCUCAGACACCAGUCCAGAAGACUACACCAAGGGGCUCUGGGAGAACCAAACUGCCUGCCAUUCUCUCUGUCAUCUGAAGGAGAACUGCUUGAUUCGAUCCAUUUCACCAAUAAUUAUUGCCUUGGAUUUGUCCUGAAUAAAGACACACUGGCGACCUAA